AUGAAGCGAGUGUAUGGGCCGAGGUCCGAGGAGGAGAGGCGGAGGAUUAGUGAGGGGUUGAGAGCGGUGGAGAGGAGAACUGGGCGCCUGUCAAGGACUGCCAGAGAGAGAUUUGAGGACCCGGAGAGAAAGGAAAGGUUGCGGGCAGCAAUGAUGAAGGGGUACUACGAGAAGAAUGCCCCGUCCAAGAUAUCGGCACGGGCCAAGCAGCGUUGUGCUGACCUUCAGGCAGCUUAUCAGCCAAGUAAAGACAGGUGUGGCGUUUCAUUGCAAAGCUUGUGGCCAGGCUGGUCAUCGGAGAAACUUUUGCCCCUCAUUGGGGCAUGUGAAGCAAGACCGUACAAAAAGAGGUCUGAGGAGGCCUAUGCAGUGCACGAAGUGUGGGGAACUCGGACAUAA